AUGUUUAAAAACGUUUCUCUGGACUGGGUUGUUCCUGUUCUAACCAUCUUCCUCCUAUCCAUCCACAUCCAGCCAACUCAGACAGCCGGAAGCUCAGCGGAACGUCGAUUAUCUGGCGGAAAUAUAUGUACAACAUACGAAAAGUAAGUUUCCAAUACUUUCGUUCGGAAUUUUCUAUCAUGCCUGACUCAACAAAACCAACCUUUGCAGUUUUUGCCCAGUAUAAUAUAUUUUUUCAGAGUUCUUAAGCCAGCGCUUGAAAAGUACACACAAGAAGUCCUUCUUGAAACGUAUGUAACCUGCAGUGAUCCCUUUCAGGGUUUCAAAUGUAAAGAACGCAAGUAAGUUCUAAUAAAUGUGUCAGUGCUGACUCAUUUUCCGGAAAAAAGAUAAUUUCUGUAAAUUUCCAGGAAAGGAACAAGAAUCUCGUACAAAUCGGUUCCAAAGGAGCAACUUGUUGUCGUCGAGAAGUGUUGUGAUGGCUACCGGGAGAUAGAGAACAAGACUUGCAUUGCAUCUUGUGAUCCUCCCUGUAAAAAGGGGUUUUGUGUUGCUCCCAACCAAUGCCAAUGCUUUGAUGGAUAUGGCGGUGAUUCCUGCUCUGCCAGUAAGUUUAUUGGUUUGUGCUUUAUGUGGGAUAAAAUUGUAUGUAACACACAGUAUAAUGCAUGUUUUUUUUCUUUGCAGAAUGUCCAUUUGGAAUGUGGGGAAGGAAUUGUCGUGAGAAAUGCGAAUGUGAGAACAAUGCAGGGUGUGAUCCUGCAACAGGAAAGUGCAUCUGUGGUGCAGGUAUGGUCAUUUUUAUUUGAUUUUAUUAGAUUUUUAGGAUUUGUCGGUGAACAAUGUGAAGAUACUUGCCCUCAAGGUAAAUGGGGAUUAGAAUGCACAGAAGAAUGUUUGUGUCAGAACGGAGGGACUUGUAAUCCUGUUGAUGGAAAAUGUGAUUGUCCCAGUGGAUUUGUUGGCAAGCAUUGUUUAACUAAAUGCGAUAUAGUAAGCAGAAACGUGGAGUAUUAUUUUUGUAGGAAAAUCCGGAAGAAGGAUGCACUUUUGAAUGUGGAUGCAAAAAUGGAGGUGAAUGUAACUCCAAAACAGGGCAUUGUACCUGUCCCCCGGGUUUCACAGGAGACAUUUGCCAAUCGAGAUGUUCAGAGGGCACCUUUGGUCAAAAUUGUGCAAAAAAAUGUGAUUGUAUGAAUGAAAAUGGUUGUGACGCAGUCACUGGAAAGUGUAUUUGCAUUGGAUUUGCUGGGGACCAAUGCCGAACACCCUGUCAGAGAGAUUAUUUCGGAUUAGAAGUGAGUUUAUCUACUGCAAUAUACGCUGGGUUUAGUGUUCGGAGAAGUGUGAUUGUGGAUAUGGAGCUCAUUGCCAUCCCAAGAAUGGAUCUUGUGUUUGCAGUCAAGGAUUCCGAGGGGCCGAUUGUAACGAGAAGGUUUGCAAAGACGACAAAUUCGGAUUUAAUUGCGAACACAAAUGCACGUGUAAGAUGGAGAACACAGCCCUGUGAGUAUUCAUUGUUUGUCCUCGUAUUACUCAUUAUUUCUUCAUUUUUUUGUUUGUUUGCAGAUGCCAUCCAAUCACUGGUUUCUGUGACUGCAAACCCGGAUUUACGGGCUUAACUUGUGAUCAUUACUGUCCGAUCGGGCGAUUCGGAAAGGAUUGCAAAGAAAAAUGUGAUUGUAAUUUUGCAGAAGGAGCUUCCUGUGAUCCCAUAAACGGCACUUGUCUUUGUCCUCCCGGAUUCAAGGGAUCUAAAUGUGAAGAGAAAUGCUCCGAGGGAUCUUAUGGGCCUAUGUGUGACACCAAUUGUGAUUGCCAACAUGAAUCCAUCUGUGAUUUCCGUCUUGGAAUGUGUAAUUGUACAGCCGGCUUCAGAGGACCUUCUUGUUCUCUUCAAUGCUGGGCCGGUAGUGCUUCAGAUCAAUGCAAAGUCUGUGAUUGUCAUAAUGGAGCUGGCUGUGAUCCUCUAAAUGGUAAAUGUAUUUGUGGAACUGGAUGGACUGGUGAGAAAUGUGAUAGGCCAUGUGCCAAUGGCUAUUAUGGGAUCGAUUGUCAGCAUAAAUGCAGAUGUCUUCAUGGGGAAUGCGACAAACACAAUGGCCAAUGCUCUUGUGACAAAGGAUAUCAUGGUAUGGUCUGAAAAUUCUUUUUUUGUUAGCUUUGAAUUUUUCGAUUUUUAGGUGAAACUUGCUCUAGUCAAUGUGAGAACAACAAGUAUGGAGAACAAUGCGAGAAAGAAUGUGAUUGCUCGGGUUACGGUAGUUGUGACCAACAGACUGGAAAAUGUCUUUGUAGAGAUGGAAGAUCCGGAAGCAAAUGCGAAGACGGUAAGAAAGCUUUAAACGUUUGAUGUAUUGUUUUAAUUUACAGUAUGCUCCAAUGGGAGAUACGGUCCAGGAUGCUCAUCAGAAUGCCCAAAGUGCGGAGAUGGGGCUGGUUGUGAUCCAGUAACUGGCACUUGUUUAUCUUGCCCCGUCGGAUUCAAAGGAGAGAAAUGCGAACAAACUUGUUCCAAAGGCUUCUGGGGUUCUAAUUGUGAGAAUGAAUGCAAGUGCGGGGAUGUAGACGGUUGCAAUCACAUUGACGGGACCUGUGAAUGCCCUCUGGGAAAGAUGGGAGUGUACUGUGAUCAGGGUAAUCGAACUGACUUUAAUUAUUAUUUAAUCGCCUGUUUGUAGGCUUUAUAUGAAACGUCCAAUUUCAGAAUGUCCAGAAGGAAAGUGGGGGAAGAACUGUAUCCAUUUAUGCGGAAGAUGUGUAAAUGGCGGGAAAUGUUCGGCGAAGGAUGGAGAAUGCAAAUGUCCUCCCGGAUUCGAAGGAAAGUUCUGUGAACGGCAAUGUCAACAAGGAUUCUGGGGGCCAUCUUGCUCCAAGAAUUGCACUUGUCAAUCAAGUAAAAAGUUUUGCAAUUCCAUCACUGGACAAUGUCAUUGUGCAUCGGGUAAGAACAAAUGGAAACAAACUUAUUUUUAGGAUUCUUUGGCGAUACCUGUGAAAAUGAAUGUGCCGCGGGAUUCUGGGGAGAGGAUUGUGCCAAUACUUGUAAAUGUAGACAAGGAACUUCAUCAUGUCAGACAUUGAAUGGUAUCUGUGAAUGCAGUUCGGGCUAUAUUGGAGAAUUCUGUGAGAAAAGUAGGGGUUAAUAUUACAUGUCUUGUAUUAAAAUAUUUUUAGCAUGUUCUCCAGGAAUGUAUGGGAAGGAUUGUAAGAAGACAUGUGGAAAGUGCGGAGAGAACGAGAUAUGUGAUCCAAUUCAUGGCUGUUGUUCUCCAGAUGAGGAUGGAUUCUGUGGGGUUGCCUGUAAGUUGAUGAUUCAUUUCCGAUGUUGUCGUUUAGAUGCGGAACAACAGCGAUUGAUGAGCUCAUCGACCAAAAAGAUAGGAUUCUCAGUGGUAGUUCUCUUCAUUACUGUCGUCUUCUUGGUAUUGAUGGUUCUUUAUUAUCGCCGAAAAUACGCACAGAGGAAGGAAGUUUUCAUGCCAACUGUAAAAUAUGAUCCCGAUGCCGAAGAAGAAUUGGAAAAUCGAGUGUUCAACCCCAGCUUCUAUUCCCAGGUUCAAAAUAACAAUGAUGAUGUGGCCGAGAUGGAUGAUGUUGCUCAAAUUAAGGGUCAGAAUACUGUAAAAAUAGCUAAGAAACCUGAAAGUAAGUCCAGCAUCGUUUCUUUUGAUGUUCAGAUGAAUACCAUGCAUUGGGAGCGGAGAUGCCAGGCUCUUCCCAUGAUCAGAACCAAUACGAGGCGAUACCCUCUCCUCCGAUCAGACCUUCUCUUGCUCCGAAAUCACAUCCCAUUAGUUUCGACAACCCCAAUCUCGGUACGAGACCUUUACUCUCUGACACGGAUGGUGAUGAUGCUUAA